AUGGUUAGCUGGAUUUCGAGCCUCAAAAUACGGUGGACCAGCGUGCUUACUUCAUCGUCAAUCUUUCACAUCAAAGGCUCCAAAUUCCAUCAAGUCAACGACAUCAAUUUCGAGCUCGGGAUGUCUCUGUUCCUCUAUGGUGCAGUGCUUCGCGAGCGGGCCUUCGAAGUACUGUCAUCGGAUCUUGAUCUUGUCCAAUCGGCCACGCUCUUCAGAACGGCAGCCGGCGUUUACGAUUAUAUAGCAAAAGAAGUUCAUAUUUUUGUAACUCGGGCGGAAGAUAGGAUUCCGGAAGCUAUGCCUAACAUAUCUUCUAUCAUGAGCCUCAUAUGCUUAGCAGAUGCUCAGGCCGUGACAACGAGGAAGUCGGAAGAAAAUGGGAAUUCGGGCAAGCUUUUAGCGAAGUUGCACUAUGGCAUUACGGAGUUUUUGUCCGAGGCUAUCAAAUUGUUGCAAGCCACAACCAAAGAUUGCAAAGAUAUUUCGUCUCGCCUUAUGGAUUACAUGAUGACUUGCAAGAGUCUGCACAAGUUAAAGAGCUACAAGCACAUUGCGGAGAAUCUAAAAAACGAAGGUAAGUUUGGUUUAGCGAUCGGAAUUCUUCAGCGGGAAAUUUCAAAUGAGAAGAAAGUUGCGAUAAAGGACGAGUCUUGGAGAUCGUUACACAAACAGGUCGUGAACGAGUUGAGCGUCGUCCUGAGGAAAUACGAGCACGAGAACGAGUUCGUGUGGCACGAGAAAGUCCCUGGUAAAUAUGAAAUCCCCAGGGCUGAAGGUGUAAAACUUGUUAGUGCCAUUCCAUACCAGCCACAGAAAUUGGAAAAAAUACUUGAAUUCAAAUUGUGA